UGUUUUAAGUGGGAUACAUGCAUGAACACAUAGAAGCAUGUUCACUAUAAUAGCAUGCACUAGUAUGCAGUCGACGUAUAAAUAUUGAUCGUCCGACCUUGGCUAUGUUAGCUCUUAUGGUUGUUAUCUCCACGUAUAGGCCUAGGCCUAGGCAUCAACCCCAGAGUGAAUCGGACGUCACCUUGAUCCUCUGAAACUCGGCGACACUCAUCCGAUUGUUCUCAUCAGGACUCGGACCCGUGGUCUUCAGGUCAGCCAGCUAGAGGUCGGUGACCUGCUGCUGUCCGAGCCGUAUUUGCCCGUCCAGUCAUUGCCAAGAUCUGGAUACUCAGUGCUGUUUGGAGAGGGGACUUCCUUGAUACUCACGCCCAAAGGAGUGAGGAAAGUGUCACAUCCCAUUCAUGCUGACGAGGAAGAGCGUAAGUCGUCUGAUGCCGCAACUCCACAGGACCAAAAGGCUACACGCGUGUAGCAAACGUCGGUCCGCUUCUUUGAAAGAACUCUAUCAAGGCAAAGCAGAUAUGUCUGGCAAACGGAAAAGAAGCCUCAUCCCACGAUGGCAAGGACAUUUCCGGAAGCGACAAAGACUAUAUUCUGAAACACUGGACCCAGACCAACCUCAGUGGGACAAGCUGCCAGAUCUGGUGGUUGUGUCCAUCUUCUCGUAUCUCAGUCUGUCAGACAGGGCCAGGAUGGCGCUGACUUGCAGACGAUGGGCAGGUCUGUACCAUGCGCCUGGACUCUGGAAGAAAGCCAGUGUGGACUUCUGCAGCCAUCGGCUGACCAAUUCUGAACUCAAGUGCCUGUACCGCCAUUCACAACAUAUCAGAUCCAUGGAGAUCAUUCUUUGGAAGAACUUCGGCUUCAACAAUAAGUUGAGUUUGAAGCACGUGCCGCAGUUGGUCAAGGUUCUAAGUUGUUCUGAACUAAACGACUUGGACCUUGGGUGUUUGAGGGUUGGAGCUCACGGACGGAAUUGGCCCACUGCCUCUCUCACAGUCUCUACCCUAGUAAACUUCCUGACCAGCCAGAAGCGCCUCAAAACGGUCAAGCUGUCUAACCUACGGAUUGAAGAGGAAGAAGGAUUGACGAUACUUUCAGCACUAGCGGCACAGAACCAAAUGUCAGUUUCAACUUUAGACAUUACGAGUCUCUUCCAAAAGAGCGCAAAAUUGGAAAGGAAAUUCGUCAACGUGAUGAGUGUAUUUACGAAUCUCACAGAGUUUCACAUAAACUACAGUUAUAUUUCUGACGACCUUGUUGAAGGUAUCGCGACACGAUGCGGCAAAUCCCUGCGGCUUCUGACCGUUGAUGUCCACCACAAUGAACCGCAUCAUCACACUGUCAAGAUAUCGUCAUGGAAACAUUUCAAGCGAUCAUGUCCGUCUGCCCAAGUGAUAUUCUCCCUCGAGUACAUCAACUCGUACUCUGAGAUCCGCAUGAUAUUGACCCCAGGAAUUCCUCUCAAUACUUUGAAUGUCUGGACCGGAUAUGACGUGGAGGAUGACAGGAGACUACCCCAGAUUCUGGUGGAUAUCGGCUGCAACUUCAGUGAUCAUUUAGUGAAUGCCUGCAUCCAGCUUGACAAUAGAGACACGGCCGUUUACCACGAGCUUUUGUUCCUGGCCAAAAGAUGCAAGAAGUUAGCCUCGCUGGAUCUCACAGCCAUUGUGGAACUGGAUGCGGUCAAGCGGUUGUGUAAGCUCAGAGAUGAGAAUAAGAUAGGCUUGGACCGUUUACACCUGACGAUGGCAGACACAUUCGGUGAGAACAAUACUGAGCAGGAGUCGGCGAUAGAGGAGCUGAAAGCAAUAUGUAGAGACAUCAUCGCAAAGACAGGAGUCGAUUAUCAGUUCAUGUUGAGUUAAUGCUGGAAGUUCAGCCAUUACAAAAAUGUCCUGAGAAGGUUACAGGGUCACAGUGUCGGUUAUCAGUUCAUGCUGUGCUAAUGGUGGGUCAACGACCGUCGAUUAUCAGUUCAUGCUCAGUUAGUGGUAGCUCAUGCUCUGGGGAGUGGUCCUACAAUGGCCGCUGUUGUCCCAGCAGCAAGCCUUUGAAAUCGCGGGACUACUUGUGUAUCUUGGAUAUAGUGAUACAAGCCCCCACAGGGAACCUGGAUGCUGUUUCUCGGACUCAUUUUUUCGGCUGGUGGUACACAUGUUUUAUGAAACAGAUUACUUAUUAAACUAUAUACCGGGUAUUACAUGUAUAGCGGCCGUGCGUAUGAUACACCGUCCCGGAGUGUUAUAACUGUGGUUUCGUUUUCUGUGAUACAUGUAUGAUUGUUAUUGACAACUGCUCUCACAGAUUUAAUCUGUAUUCUUUAUUCACGCUGAGGACGUUUUACUGUUGACUAAUUUAUAUGUCAUAUCAUUUUACUUAACUUAUUAUCAUAAAGUGUACA